AUGCGGGUCUUCAACCCUGCCAUCAUCUUCUGGCACAUGCACCCCCUUCUCCUACGGUGGUGCAUUCUCAACAAAUUCGACGAGUACGACGAUCCCGUGCUGUUCAUCCUCAUCAAACAUGGGUCUUCGUCAUCGAAUUUCACUUCUGUCCAAACCGUAACGUCCAGUUCUUCUGGUGCCGCGCCUGCCUCGUCUCCUUCAGAUACCUUGGCAACAUUGACUGCCUCCGGUUCCUCUGGGCCUACCACUAGUUUCUCGCAGAAUACUAUUAUGUCUAGUGGUAUUUCAGGAUCCUCCGGCCAAUUGAAUACGGCUCAGUCAACUACAAUUUCGGGCACAAGCACUUCCUCAGUGAUCCCUGGAAUAUCUUCAAGCACCUCGCUGUCUUCGAUCAGAUCAUUCAUCACACCUCCUCCAAACCCUGAGACGCUUACUGGUAACGUGCUGGUGGCUUGUGGACGGGCCACAGGGUCAGGCGAAGUGUCGGGGAGCGGUACAGUAUACGUUGGGGGUUAUUUUCCUGUCGUGUCUUCUGGAGUGGUCAGUGGAUCCUAUGGAAUAGUUAAUGGCUGCGGCACCCUCCAGGGAGAAGGUGUCUUCACGGGAUCCGCAGUCUAUGGUAAAGGAUGCGGUAAGGGCAGUGGCGUUGGGGAAUUAAACGGUAGCGGUACGGUGUAUAUCGCAGGAAUACCGGUUGUGACCUCGGGAUCAGUGAGCGCUUCUCAACCUUACAGCUUCGAGGGAUGCGGAACAUUUUCUGGGAGUGGCUACUUUGAGACGUUCCCAAAUACUACCUCAGGUGAUAGCGCUAUCUCGAGUCUUACCACUACUGAACUGUCCUCCAGCGCAGGCUCGCCAGCAUCAGUAUCUGCGUCAACAUCUUCUACAACAUCCACAUCAAUACCCUCUACUAUCACCCCAGCGCCAUCUUUCGUCACUCCGUCUAACGCCCUCGUCGUGGGGGAGGGAAGGGGGACUGGAUAUGGAUUGCUCGAAGGCGAAGGCACCGUUUAUAUAGCCGGCGGCCUGAUUGGCAUAUCUUCAAGUGGUACUGUAUCAGGAGGUGGCAUAGGAAGAGGGACAAUUCACGCCCAGGAAGGAGAUUUCACUGGCACAGGAAGUGUGUUUGGGUGUGGUUAUGCCGUCGGAACGGGCAUCAUCAUUGGUAGCGGCACUGUCUGGGUGGCCGGAGGUUUGAUACCGAUUGUGACAUCAGGAUCCACAUCUGGAGUUGGAACUGUCAGUGGUUGGUACCUUUACCAUGGACGUUCGCUCGCUGGUGUACCCAUCGAGUACAUCUGGCACUAUGACGAGCACCAUCUCAGUCAUACCAAUAAACCCAGCAACCUCGGGAACGGCUCUUACGGCACAAUAGUGGUUAUAGCAUCAGAAAAGUGCUUCCCAACAAGCUUGCCGCAAAUCGGCGCGUUCGGCGCAUUCGGCGCACUCAACCAUACCAGCGGCGUCAUUCCUACGCUCAAGGGAACAUCACUACCAGCAUUCAACCCCAGCCUGAACCCACUGAAUUUCACCAAUCCCUUCAACUCCACGAGUCCCUUCGGCUCUAUGAACUCGACGAACUCAACUGAGUCGGAGAGUCCACAGUGUCAUAUAUGUGAUGGCGAUGUGUCGAUAUGCUGUCCUCCGGGCGUCACCUGUGCUGGUGAUGGAUUCUGUCCGAAGCUGGCGGUGCUGAACGCUGGGUACUUCUUGGAGGGGAGGAAUGUUACCGCCUGA